ACCAGGUACAAUCUUACGGAAGUGACGGAGACAAAGACAAUGGCGGAAGCUCGCGAUUUUACUACAACUGCCCGCUCGAGCCAAGGGAAGAGGAAAGCCCCCGGCGGCAACGCAACAGGGGAGGUUGUGGGGAGAGAGGAAUCGUACAACACCAUCACACCGCCAUCAGAUGGCAUGAAAGAAGGAGGGGAUGCCAGUGAGGCCACAUGUACAGGACAACCGGAAAAAUUAGUUGACGCCACGGAGACUGUGACGCCCAUUUUUCCAGGAGCAGGGUCCGAGGAAGCAGCAUCGCCUCCAACGACGGAUGAAGAGCAUGUGCCAAUACCAACGGUGCUACAAGCAUUGGAAUGCAUGUCAAAGCCGGAUCUACCACCUAAACCCAUGAGCACAUGCGUGAAGGAGCUGUUUGACUACAUACAAGAGCAGGAUGAAGAUCCGCGCCAAGAUCUUUACGAGGAAAUGAUGGGAAUGGAUGCGGAGGCCCUUGCCCGGCGGAUGGACGAUUUGCGAGCCCUCGCCUCGGAGCUUCAACGCAAGGAAGAAAGAGUGCUGGAGAAGCUAAGGAACGGCCCGGUCUUCAAAACGGAAUGAGGGCUUUUAAUGCUCUUUAUCUGUGGAGGGGAGAGAAAAAGAACAAAAAAGCGAUAAUGCAUC